AUGGUCACGCGCAAGCGAAAGCAAGAAGCCAUCGAGGAGGAGGAAUUACAGGCACUGCCUAGUGAUGAGAGUGAAGAGGAAGAGGAAUACCAAUCCUCCGACGCAGAAGGAUCCGGUGAAGGAGAGGAAGAGGAGGAAGAGGAGCCCAGUGAGGCAGACAGCGAGGAAGAUCUAGAGGAAGAAGAAGGUAAACCUGAAGAAAAAGAAAAAGAAGGAAAUGGUAAAGAUAAAGACAAGCCUAAGGAGAAGGGUAUGUAUCAUCAGUUCGGUGGUCUACCACUUAUCCUAACACCUACCCCUGUUCCUGUAUGGUAUCGCGUAUCUGACAAUGAAAUUGAACAUACAGGCCCUACUCCUAAGAAACGCAAGACUAGCCCUUUACCCGCCAAAAAGCCAAAGGGCGAUGAAGAUUCCGGAGAGGGAGAAGCUCCAGCCGGAGACGAAGAUGAAGAGGAAGAAGCUGAUGGCGAGGAUGAUGAGAAGCCCGAGGAUACGGCCAAGGACAGCGGACCCGCUGCAUCUGCGGCUAAAGCCAAGGGUGAAAAGGUUCCUAAGGAGUCGGAUGUGCCAGAGGCUGAGGCUGAGGCUGAGGCUGAAGGGGAGGAGGAAUGAAGCGAUGAAUAUGGUGGGGAUACUCUAGCUAUUUAUGUUUAAUGUCUGUUUGGUGUUAUGGUUAUUUUUGGGAUUUGGGUCUGGUAUUGCUUAUUAUAGUAUUUAAACAACACAUUGAGAAAGUCAAUAGCCAUGAAAACUAAUCUAUAUUGGAAUCGUAGUACCUUUAAGCCACCCUAACAAAGGGCAACAUGAAAGCCAACAGCAUUAAUACAAACCCAUAACAGGACUGACUGGUAUCAAUACAGGGUCCACUUCUUCUGAUAGCUGGCCAGUGUAUAUGAUAUUAAACAGGACCAACCCCUCCGCAUAACCCCAUUCUUAUUGCCAUAUCUCAUCUUGGAUUAACAAACCUACUUGGUAACAGCAUGUGAAGUUGGACGUCCUUAGAAAUCGCUCCCACUGCUCCGGAACGUAGCGCAGAGUUGACAAUAUUGAUGUGUGAGGUCGAGGACAGGCUGGGGCAGGUUCGUGGCCUGGACGAUACUGC